UUCAAUUGAAAGGCCUUAUUUAAGGCUUCCAAGACAUGCCAAUCUCUGUAUUGCGUAUUGAAUUUUCUGCGAAUAUUCUGUUUCUUUCUCCCUCUCUCAAGGAGUGACCCUAAAGGAAAGAAGAUUGUUGUUAAAACAGAUUUCAAUUUCGUUUCUCUUUCUCUUUCUUCAUCCUUUCCUCUGGGUUUUCUGUUUGUUUCCCGAGAAAACAACGGAAAGUGAAAAAGGGGAUCAGGGAAAAUCCUUGAGGAAAAUGGAGAAGAAAGGGGAAAAGAAUGUGGGCGAAAAUAUGAGCAAAUUUCAAUUGAGUUUUUGGGAUUUGGCUGUGUUUAGCACCGUUGUUAUUGCCUUCCUUUUUGGCCUUCUUUGUGUUUACCUAACCAUGCCGGCCUCCGAUUAUAGCUUUCUUAAGCUUCCUCGCAACCUUCAAGAUCUUCAAAUCCUCAGAGAUCACCUUGAGGAAUAUACAAGUGACUACACUGCACAGGUCUUAGUAGGAUACUGCGUUGUAUACAUCUUUAUGCAAACCUUCAUGAUACCUGGAACUGUUUUCAUGUCACUGCUGGCUGGAGCCCUUUUCGGGGUCUUCAAGGGCGUUGCUCUCGUCGUCUUCACCGCUACAGCCGGAGCUUCCUCUUGCUAUUUCCUCUCGAAGAUGAUCGGGAAGCCCCUCGCCUUUACUCUUUGGCCUGACAAGGUGAAGUUCUUUCAAGAUCAGGUUUCUAGGAGAAGGGAAGGGCUGUUGAACUACAUGCUUUUUCUAAGAUUGACUCCUACCUUGCCAAAUACGUUUAUCAAUGUUGCAUCUCCGAUCGUCGAUGUGCCUUACCAUACCUUCUUCUUUGCUACCGUCGUUGGUCUCAUCCCGGCUGCCUACGUUACAGUCAAGGCUGGGCUGACGCUCGGAGAAUUACAAUCGGUUGGUGAUCUUUACGACUUCAACUCGAUUGCCACAUUGUUUCUGAUCGGAAUUGUGUCAGUGACCCCGACAUUAGUUGGCAAGAGUAAAGCAUAGGAUCCUAUGGCGUAACGCUUGAGCGAAUUUGCAGCCUCGUUCCUUGUACAGGUAUAGCGUAAUCACCCGAACAAGCCAUUGAAGGUGAUUAUGGAUCUCGUUUGGUGUCGAACAUAAUGUGGAUGUCGGGUUUGGAGGAUUGGGAGAAGGGUCAGAGUUAUUAAAUUUGGAUAAUUGUAUUUGAUUGACCAGAAAAAUGAUAAAAGGAAUGAUCAUAUUCAUUUGAUUCCCCAGAAAAUUAUAAAAUGGAAGAUCAUAUUCAUUUGUGAAUAUUUUGUUUA